AUGGAUUAUUAUGGUCUGCACAUCGCCCAAAUAACCCCUAACGGUUUUCGCAAGAUUCUUUGCUUCACCCUGCUAUGCGUCGCUAUGGAUGUGUCACCAGCCAUCAAUUUGUUUUGCCAUUUCUAUAUUCCAAUGUCCAAUGAAGAUUGGGUUUCUUUCUCCCUUCGCCAUGGUUUGGUAGAGAUUUGUGAUGGUCUUCUAACCUUCAUAAAGUAUUGGAAAGAGGAGUUCUUUUUUGUUCAUGCCUCUUCUUUCUCCGGCUCCAUGGCAUACGACGCUACUACUGACAGGGUCACCGACCCCGUCUCGAAAGUAUCACCUGACGAGAAAUUGAUAACGGAGAGGUUAUCAGACAAUUUUGUCCAAUGA